GGAAGCUCUCCCAAUCCUUCUCUUCGCAUCUCUCUCCCAUCUGUCAUCCAAUUAACCACCAAUCUCUCCACAUUUCUUUAAGUCAACCUUAAAACAACUUUACUCUUUAAUCAAUCGUCAAUAUGUCUGGCCGUGGAAAGGGUGGCAAGGGUCUCGGAAAGGGCGGUGCCAAGCGUCACCGCAAGAUUUUGCGUGACAACAUCCAGGGUAUCACCAAGCCUGCUAUCCGUCGUCUCGCUCGUCGUGGUGGUGUCAAGCGUAUCUCUGCCAUGAUCUACGAGGAGACCCGUGGUGUCCUCAAGACCUUCCUUGAGGGUGUCAUCCGUGACGCCGUUACCUACACUGAGCACGCCAAGCGCAAGACCGUUACUUCUCUCGAUGUCGUCUACGCCCUGAAGCGUCAAGGACGUACCCUCUACGGUUUCGGUGGUUAAAUGCUUUCUUUUCUCGUCUUUUUCUUUUAGCCAUCCUGCGCGGUCGGCGCGUCGGUUGUCCUUCCGCAGCAGUGACGCGACGGGUUGCUUUUUCGGGUUGGUUUACGGUAUGACUGGGACGUUGGGGUGUUAUUGAUCUUUUGCCAUGGGUCUCUGGGUUUGCUUUUAACGUAUUUUAUUCCACUAUUACGCGUCCACUACUGGGUCUGCUAGUGUUCGUGGUUGAAUUUUCUGUAUCAUAGCGGCCUUCAUGCUACCGGCUGGUACCUUUAGAACCAUCGCGUCAUCGAAAUGCGCGGUCUGGUAUGAAUACGAACGCUUUAAAAAAAGAAGAAA